GUAUACAAAGUCAAAUUCACACAAGAUAAGAUGGAUGCCAAACCUAUGUGACAUUUGUUGACCCUGAGUGUGAGAUGGACAUAUGUGGUUGCUACUUAAGUUAAUAUCCAGUUUCUUUAGACUUCACCGAGACCAGGGAGCCGCCUUACGUAAAUAUUUUUUCCAUCUUUUCUGUAGGAAUCCAUAAGGUCCAUUGAGGUGAGCAGGUCUCGCUAGUUCUGAAUGGCCACAUGAAUCUUGCAGCUGCAGAGGAGCUGUGUCACCUGAGGCCCGCGUUUUCACGUGUCCAACUUGCGAGAAAGAAUUGUAAGACUGGUUGUUUGAUUUCACAGGACCAUGCGUAGUUAAACAAGGCGUAUGUUUUGCAUUUCUGAGAAAUUCCUGCAAUACACUUUCCUCAAAAAACAACGAUUCCCUUCUGCAAACGCACGGACUUUCACCAAGUGUCAGAAAGCCAUACGGAGUGGUCAUUUUGCUGAGAUGAGGCAGUGACAUUGCAGCUCUGGUGGUCGGGUCUGACAAAAUAUGAGUCUGAAGAUCAUCCAUGAAGCUCAAGUCGUGCUCCUCUGAGAACGGGCAGCAGCGCGUGAUUGCUCGGACUAACGGUGAUGUGGACCGGGGAAUAGAGUGCCGCCGUCCACUCCCGACUCCAGCCUUCUCUCUUCCGCAUCCCUCGAGUCUCGCCGGGCACAGUGAGGGGAUGAUGAACGCGGGAACAGUGUCAGGUGUCACCACCAUGUUCCAAAGAGGCUCAGAGACAGAUUGAACAUGGGGUGGAAACGCAAGUCUUCUUCUCCAGAACCACAGCCAAAUCCUGCCAAAGCAUCGAAGAGAGAAUCUAUCUGCAGGUCUUCUUUCUCUGUCAAACUGCCUCCUAGUUCCUGGAGAAGAAAGGUCUCUACCCCCACUAAGAACAAGAGCUGGACCUCAAUCCAGACGCUGUCUCCAGACAGAAAUUUUCAUCCAUCCAAUUGCCAUGAGCAGAACUUCAAUGCAGGCCAUGGUGAGGACGACAGUGACAGUGUCCAGUCCUCCUCUCCAAUUUCAUCCCCACUGCAGUCAGAGGAGGAUGCAGAACUGGGUCUGGUCAUCACUGUGGAUGAGGACAGGUGUGAAGGGGAGGAGUGGCUAAAGAAACAGAAUGGAGUGAAUGUAAAGAAGAGUGCAAUGACUCAGGUGGAAGGAGAGAUCCCUGAGAAGAAUGGAGAUAUGGAGAAGACUUUAGAAGAGCUUGAGGAAGAGGAUGAGAGUGAGGAAGAGCUGAGGAAGCUGGAUAGAGAUUUAACACUCAAAUCAAAAAAGCUUAAGCUCUCCUCUGUCAACGUUCGUAACAUCAUCCACGAGGUGGUAACCAAUGAGCAUGUUGUGGCCAUGAUGAAAGCUGCUAUAAGAGACACACAAGAUAUGCCCAUGUUUGAGCCUAAAAUGACCCGUUCUAAGCUCAAAGAAGUUGUCGAGAAAGGGGUGGUGAUGGGCAAUUGGAACAUCUCUCCAAUAAAGAAGCCAAGUGAGAUUAAGCCACCCCAGUUUGUGGACAUUCCCCUGCAAGAAGAGGAGGACUCCUCUGAUGAAGAGUAUUGUCCUGAUGAAGACGAAGAAGAUGAAACAGCUGAGGAGACUUUUUUGGAGAGUGAUGUGGAGAGCACGGCCUCCUCGCCACGUGGCAGCAGACGUUCAUCCUCUCAUACACCUCCCCAAUGUGAUGAUGCCAGCAACAGCCCCAGACUGAAGCCCAAGCUCUCCAGGCACUUGAGAGUUGAAGCAGUGCCUAUGGGUCCCCCUGCCCCACCUCCUCAAUCCAGUGGCCCCUCACGGUCCCUUAGGGCACCUGACCCCUUCAUUGAGAAACUACAUGCUGUGGAUAAAGAACUUGAACUCGGUCCUCUCUGCAUGGAGCCUUACCAGACUUUGAGCAAUGGUGGUGGAGGGGAGCCAGAUGACAGUCUGGUAGCUUGUCGUACUCGGUCAAAACGUCCGCUGAGGGACGUCCCUCUGGAUCAGCUGGAGGCAGAGCUCUGUGCGCCGGACAUCACGCCAGAUAUGUACGAUAACGUCUCCACACCAGAGGACCGUGAAUGGACACAGUGGCUGCAGGGACUCAUGACCUCUAACCUGGACAAUGAAGAAGAGGCUGAUGAAGAUGAUGACCCUGAAUAUAACUUCCUGGAUGAUUUAGAUGAGCCAGAUUUGGAGGAUUAUCGAAAUGAUCGUGCUGUUCGUAUCACAAAGAAGGAAGUCAAUGAGCUCAUGGAAGAGCUGUUUGAGACCUUCCAUGAUGAGUUGGCUGCCAAUGAACAAGAUGAGGAGGGUCAUGAAGAAGAUGAGGAACGUGACGAGGAGGCCAAUGACGCACCACAAUUCAAUGUCCCUCAAGCCAUUAGGUUUGAGGAGCCGCUGGCUCACAUGUUGACAGCAUGCAGGCGGACAGUCAGAGGGCAGCUGGACGCUUUGCAGCAGCGACGGGAGAACCAGAUUCGGACCACCCAGCAUGCAUCUGGUUCUGGCAUUGUUCUUGUGCAGCCCAGCUGUCCUCUGGUGGUCAUGUCUCCUCAGAGAAUGCAACUGCAGCAGCAAAUUCAGCAACAUGUCCAGUUACUGACACAGGUCAAUAUGCUGUGCAACCCAGAGGAGGCACUACAGAGUGAAGCUCAAACCACCAAACAUUUCCUGGGUGAGUUGCUGUCAUUUGCGGAGCGGGCAGAGGAGGAGAGGUCAGCGGUUAAUCUGGGUUUUAGAAGCAUGUUUAGGGUGUGUAACUUGCAGUCCUCCCUCAACUUGUUGGAGGAGUUAAAGCAAUGUCCCUCUCCUCUGUAUCUUCCUCCCAAACCCAUUCGCCCAAACUCAGCUCGUUCGUACCCAUUGCUCCCUGCUGGUCUUGCAUGGUUGUUUGCCACACGCUCUGUGUUUCUGUACCCAGAGCUUCUACCACACUGUAGACUGGAUCCAGUCCUGCAUCCCCCACGCAGCAAACAUUAUUACACCAAAGGAGAAGACGGUCUCUUAGUCUUGGGGUUAAAGCACUUCAAUCAGACAGAGUUCCCAUAUCACCUGAUGAGCCGCUAUCUGAUCCGGCCUAAGAGUCAGGAGCAGCUGCGUGUGCGUGUGAAGGACAUGGUGGCCCCCAGAGCCCUGCACAACAUCAUCAAGUUUUACUGCCGGAAUCGUGUGGUUACUCCUUUGCCAGUGAUGUGCAGACCUGUGGUGCCUGGAGAGGAGCGCCCUCCUGUGGAGAGAGAGCAAGACGUCAUGCCUAACUGGCUGAAGAAAAGCUUGCCAUACAUCCAUAGGACAGUUUGUCAGGGCAGUUUAAAGGUGACCUCCACCACCAAAUCUCCUACCCUUGUCUUCCCGAAAGGAACACGCUACCCACAGUUCCUUCCUAAAGGUGUCACUCUGCGUCUGCACCCUUCACAGAGACCAGUUCGCCCUUCACAGCCCAAAUCUCGGCCUCUACGUGGUUUCACCCCUCCUACUCUCGUACCACUGGCUAAAGCGCCUCCAUGUCCUACAAGUUCAGGAAAUGUAUUGACCAAUGUCUCCACACCACUCCCAGCACAUGGUGUAAUAUUAUUAACCCAAGCGCCUAGCACUCCUAUUAAUGGGGUGUUUCCAUUGGUUCAGCCCCCUUUGACCCCUGCCCAUGGGACUGUCCCACUGAGCACCUCUUGUCCUGUUAACUUCCAGUAUGUUACUCCAGAAUUGGGGGUUGGUAAUCCAGCAUACCCUCCUGCCAACUUGCCCCCUACUGCAGUCCAGAGACCCCCAAGUGACAUCCCUCUACUUAGUACUGGGACAGUCAAGAUGUGUGGCAUGCAACAGAUGUCCAGCAAACACAAUAAACGGACCAUGCCUAGAAAACUUGCUCCUUUGAGACCAGCCCUCCGGCUGCCCCAGCUCUUGCCCCUGUCCUCUGGGAAUAUGGGAAAUGUAAGCAACCCUGCUGUCAUUAUGGAUCAGCCAAUAUCCUUGAAUGUCACACAGAAUUUUCCAUCAGAUAACGUCAUUGUUAUCAGAGCCCAUGAAAAUGCUGGCACACACAGACUGGUCACAUCUCCCUCUCAGGAUGUUGUCGUGCAGGUAGUUCCUGGGACACAUGCCUUGGAAAACGCCUCAAAUCCCUACAUUGGAAAGACGACACAGAGAUCCAAAUGUGACUCUUUGCAAACCAUGAAGGACGUCACUCCCAUACAGCAUAGUGUGGAAAAUGGUCAAAGGAAUGUCUUCUCUCCUCUGACAGCAUCACCAGCAGCAGACAGUUCUCCGUUUGUUCUGGUUCAAACUGUUUCAUCUGCAGGUGUUCCUCAGUUUGUUCUUCUGCCCCAAGACUCCAUCGUUCUGAACCAACCUGCUCCACUUCCUGCUAAAGGCACACCAGGAAGUGUAUCCCAGCAAACUAACUGUUCUGACAUUCCUACUAGCUCCAUAGUCCUAAAUGACAAAGGUAGGACUGAGGUGCCUUUAAAAACCAUAACAACAGUCACAUCAUUGCCAAUUAGAGGAGAAGAUGCUGGGGAAAGAAAGGACGAAGUUGAGGAAAUGGUUGGUGACAGAUGGGAAGAGGAAAUGGCAGGGGCUUUGUUUGGUAGUCCUCUCCUGGCACUCUCGGAGUCCUCCUGCAGCCCUGACUCCAGUUUGACCAGCACGGACAGUGAUGCUGAAGCUUCCGCGAGGGUGGAGACGGAUACUGUAGAGUGUCCUCCUAUCCAAUCCACCUCUGGCAGACAGGAAACACCAGGAGUGCGCAAACACAGCACUGGAGAUGGAAAGGAGCAACAGUCCAGUGGGAACGAGGAGGGACGGGGCGAGGAGAGGGAAAGUGGGGGAAACGGAGAACAUGAUGAAGAUGAAGGCGAGAAGAACGGUGAUGGAGAAGGUGGCAGGAAAACAGAUGGGGAUGGAAGUGGCGACAAAGGAAGGGAAGAGAAGGAUGGAGAUGGAGAGAGGGAUGAAGAAGAGGAGGAUUUUGAUGAUCUCACACAGGAUGAAGAUGAAGAGGAAGUGAUGUCAUCAGCAUCAGAGGAAUCUGUGUUGUCUGUUCCAGAGCUUCAGGAGACAAUGGAGAAGUUGACCUGGUUGGCAUCAGAGAGGAGGUUGUGCAGAGAGGGAGACUCUGAGGAGGACAAUUCACCCACGUCCCCAACAUCCCCCACCUCCCCAAACUCCCAAAACUCCCCUGCAUCCCAGAAUUCGCAGGAGGAGAACUCAGACGAUGAGGAUGAUGGUGCGAUGAAGGGUGAUGAGAUGGAAGCAGGGGAGGGAGAAGGUGGAAAGCUUCCUGAGGGAGAAGCGUUGCCCGGCGACGACCCUCCACAGAUCAGCGGGAGAGGAGGGGGGCGUGGAAGAGGCCGUGGUCGCCCACCCCCACGUAGGCUGAAGCGUGGUCGACGUCAAGAACGAGGAAGUAAAGAUGCCUCAAAGCUACUUCUGUUAUACGAUGACCACAUCUUGGACAACGAUCCAAUGAGAGAGAGCAAAGAUAUGGCUUUUGCCCAGGCUUAUCUCAACCGGGUGCGUGAGGCCUUGCAAGACAUUCCUGGUAAGGUGGAGGAGUUUUUAGGGCUGCUUUAUGAGUUUGACCAGGUGGGGGAGAGUUGCAGUGUUUUAGAGUUGUUCUCCCAGCUGAAGCUUCUGCUCAAAGACUGGCCUGAGCUCCUCAAAGACUUUGCUGCUUUUCUUUUGCCUGAGCAAGCUCUGGAGUGUGGACUGUUUGAAGAGCAGCAAGCCUUUGAGAGGAGUCGUCGAUUCCUGCGUCAGUUGGAGAUCAGUUUUGGGGAGAAUCCGUCUCAUUACCAGAAGAUAGUGAGAGCACUGCAGAGUGGAAGUCCUCUCAGUCCUGCUGGGAUUGAAGAGCUCAAAGCACAGAUGGCCACCCUUCUUAAGGGCCACACGCACCUACAGGGAGAAUUUUGGAUGUUUUUUGAAGAGAUGCGUCCAACCCCAGCACGUCCUGGCCAGUUUGAGGAGGCAGUUUGGCAGGAGGUAGUGGGCACUGGGACAGAUGGAGAGGCAGGGAUGAGUGUGAGCUCUAGAGUUGGUGUAUGGGGAGGAUUUGAGGAAGUAACUCUGCCUGAUCUAGAGGAGGAUGAAGAGUCCCACAAGAUUCGACAGAUCAGCAGCAGGAGCAGGAGGAGGAAAGAAAUUCGCACGCAUGGCAACUACAAGGACUGUGAUUGGCCUGAGAAAGAUUGCUCAUGUCCUUGUCAUGACUCCAGCCAUGAUGCCAAACAUCGCAGGCAUAAGAGAAAGGGAUGCUUGCGUUGUCAUAGCAACAAGGCCACUAAUGGCUCUAAGGUACUGAAGAGUCGCGAUUCUGCGUUUCCGUCUGACAGGGGAGGGGAAGAAAAGGAAGAGGAAAGAGGACAAGGGGAGGAUGGAGAGGCAGAGAAAGAGGUUAAAGAGGAGACUGGCAGUGGAGCAAACAGUCCACAUCAUGAUGGUGAUGGGCCCGUAUGGGAGGGAGGAGAGAGACCCCCUUCCCCCAUCCCAGAAGAGCAGAAAAUACAGAACAAAGACGAUGACAACAAGAAAACCGAAGAGGAGAGGCAUCAUACGACCACACAGAAGCACAGUAGGGAUGAAGAAGAUUCAUCUGAAUCAGGAGAGAGAGAUACCACUCAGCAGAGUACACUGAGCCCAGCCUUAGACACACCUGUGUGUGCCAAAAACAUCUCCCUCACUCCCAGUGGAGAGAGGGUCAUUCUCUGGACCAGGGAGGCCGAUCGAGUGAUCCUUACUGCCUGUCAGCAGCAAGGAGCCAACCAGAGCACCUUUCAGGCUGUGUCAGAGCAGCUCGGCAACAAAACAGCCAGUGAGGUUUCAAGGAGGUUUCGGGACCUGAUGCGUCUGUUCCAUACAUCAGCGUGUCAGGCCAGCUCAGAGGACGAGGCUGCUGAGCAGCAGUCUGCCACUGAUGAGGAACAGGACUGAGCCCUGCAGUCAUAAAGGGUCAGACUUUUCUCCAUCCAUAUGAACUGUUGACUGUGCAUUAAAACACAAAUGCAGUUCUUCUAGUUGGAGACUAGUCUUGCACAUACACCCCAUGUCUUGCACUAACACCUGUCAAAGACAUAUUUUAAGUAUGGUGACAAAGGGUCGGAAGGUCUCUCUGUAACAUAUGAAGUAUAAAUCCACUAAAUAUGAAGGUGUUAUCAAACAAAUCCAGCAUACACGGUUAUACCUGAAGAAUUGUAGCACAAAAAUGGCUCAGGUUCUGACAGGGCCUGGUUAUUGAAUUACCAUUGGUGGGCAAGUUUUAUAGCCCUUUAUUGAGCACAAAGUGAAAUAUUUGAUUAGUCAAACGAUGCAGGACAAAAAACUUUUCAUUGUAAAGCACUAACCGGCAG